AGGCGAGUAUGUGCUUUGGUUUGAGCGGUUUGAGCGUCUGGUCAAAACUCUGGUUUGAGCCGUUUGAACAAUCAUCAAACUCAAUUUCUCUUUUUUUUUUUAGGUUUAGUUAGACUUUAGUCAACACGCUGACUGUGAGCUAGCCCGUAAUGUAAAGCAAGCAACAAGGCCAUGGAGAAAAAGAGAAAAGCCACGGCAGAACUUUUGGGUGUCGAGCCAACCAACGACGUAAAGAAGCAAGCCACCGAUUCUAGCAUGGAGCUCCAGAGGUCUACGUUAGAGCCCAUUCUAGCAGAUGAAUAUCUUCGGACUGUUGACACAGUUGCUGUGUACAUUGCGAAAAUUGAAGAUCGAAGGCAGACUUCCAAACUGGUCAAAUCUCUUUCAGAUGCCUUGCCUCUGGGAGACCAGCAGCAUCUGAAGAGGGUGCGCUGCACAGGCGAGGGCAUGGACAUAAUCUUGCACGCUGUAAAAGGUGAUGACCUGACCAGAACCCAGACGUUAAAGGGUGUCCUGGGAGAGGCAUUUGAUGCCCAGGGCCUGUCUGCGGAAGUGAGAGUUGUGCAGGUGCCCAGGCACCCGCCCCUGACCAGAGCCCAGUUUGAGCAGUCCAACUGCCUCUGGCCUACACAGUUCCACGAAGACAAACACAUUGCCAGGGUGCUGAGCGGGAAGCUCUUCUCCGAUCAAGAGCGAGCCACCAUGGAGAACUACAUGGCACUGGCUGUCACAGCGGCCCAGGAGUCUAGGGCAGGCAUUGGAGUGGCGGUGGUUAACCCCAGCACCGACAGGGUGUUGGCGGUCGCCGUGGGAGAUGGGAAACAUCCUCUGAGACAUGCCACCAUGGUUGCCAUCGACCUGGUGGCACGGCAGCAAGGUGGCGGCGCAUGGCCGGUCCCGCCCGGAUGCGAGAUGUGCAGCAUCACGCGGCGCGACCUGGAAGUGGGCAGCAAGGUGCCGUAUCUCUGCACUGGCUACGACUUCUACAUCAGCCACGAACCAUGCACAAUGUGUGGAAUGGCACUGGUACACUCUAGGGUUCGGCGAGUGUUCUACGGCCAAGCAACACCGUGGGGUGCCCUGGGCACGUGUCGCAAGUUGCACGUGCAGCCAGGACUCAACCACCACUUUGAAGUGUGGCGAGGCCUGCUGCGGCAGAGAACGGACGUCGUCACAUGACACAUCCUCUGGGUGGACAUUUGUUUUGAAGGGAGCUCCUGCACACUCGCUUCGUUAUUUGGUGGCAUAAUUUACUUUGGGAGAUUGGGAAGAUUUUAUGUAAUAAACGCUCGAUUUUAUAAAACUCUGGCGUUGUGCAUUGUAUAGGUGUGAUGUCAGUCAUGGUGCCUAAAGUUGUACAUGCGAGUGUUAGUGCAGUUUUCCUCUUUCCAGCUUUUGUCUCGAUUAGUGC